UUUACGGGUAGCGAGCGGAUAACUAAUUAUACCUAACAUUAUAUUUAAAAACACGGUGUUUUCGGAGUCUUUUAUACUUUGUGAUAGUGUUGUUAUUUACCAAGGCAAUAUCUACUCAACUGAAAUGAAAAGGACAACGGUGUGUAUUUGCAGUGUCUGUUUUGCAAUCAUUUUUCUGGUGAUUGUAUAUAGAUACAGUGGGAAUGAUUUUACACCAGCCAUUUCCCCAGCUGCUUUCACAGACAUAGAUAUAGAGGAUAUCAUACAUAUAACAGACGAGAUGGACAAUUCAUCAUUGCAGCAGGCGCAAACACUGAACGGGUACAUUGUGUAUGAUUGUGACAAACAACAUCCGGGAGAUUGUGGAGGGAUGGUCAGAUCGCAUGUCAGGCAUGUACAGUGCUUACGUCAUUUCCAUUAUUUUACAUAAACAUUUUCUCAUCAGGUACACAAAAUCAGGCAAUUUGACGGAUUUUUUGAGUCCGACUACUUUUGACUGGAGAUAUAACUCGUCCAUUCUUGCAGGGAGAACAUGGGGCUAUCAGGAUUUUUUUAUCAAAACUCCAGAUGCUCUCAAGAAGAGGGAUUUAGCAGGUCUUCAAAACUUAUUCUCAAAGGAUGUUAAUUUUGUGCGGUUCAACUGGGACUACACUCUGCAUUUUAGAAAGUUUCGACGUAUACAAAAUGUUAUUCCAUGGGUGUUAGAAUUACAUUUCGCUGAUAUUUAUUCUAAAUUUUUUCACACUCUUUUCAAACCUAAGAACAGUAUCAAAGAGGAAGUAAACAGUGUUGUGCAAAAUACACGAAAACUAGCAUGUGCUCAUAUUCGUAUGGGUGGAAGUGAAACGAUACCUGGAGAUGACAAACACACGGACAAAUCACAGCUGAAAUAUGUUUGGAAUUUGCUAAAGACAUUGGAAAAUAGAAAUUAUAGUAUCUUUGUUGCGACAGAUGCACAAUUUGUACGGGAACAAGCGAAAAUAUUAUUCAAUCAUCUACUGGAAGCAAAAGGACGAAUCCUUCAUAUAGACUGGAAAACUAAAGGGGAAGGCCUAGCUAGUGGUUACAGAAGAGUUGUUGUGGAUUUUUUUGUUCUCACGAAAUGUGAUGUUUUAAUAUUGACAAAGAGUGGGUUUGGACUCAUGGCCGCUUAUCUUAAUAGUGAUGUUUCCAAAAUGUACUGUCUAACACCCAGCGAACUGAUACCCUGUUCUCGAUAUACCCUCAAUGAUAACUUCCCCGGCGAGUUUCUCUCUCCUUACUAGUAAUUUGUACCUGAAGCACUAAUGUAGUUUGAAUAAUGGUACGACAAUGGUGUCACCUCAAAUACUUCGGAUAAGAUAACAUUAUUUUCAUUUAUCUCUGUGUUUGAUGUGUAAAGCCUAAGGACAACACACCAAUACUCAUCAGAUUUGAUCAUUAUCAUCAAAUUAAGACAUUCCUAAAAUGAAUCAUUUCGAGAUCCCGUAAUGAAGCCAAUGAAAUAAAUUGAUGUGAAGGAGAAUAUGUACAGCGAUUUGCAUUUGGUAAAUAAACAGCUGGCUUUGGAACCGUCAUAUGUGAAAUGAACAGCUGCAGAGUAAUUUUCUGUCGAGUGAGUGUAUAACUAUAGACAACUUUCGUAUGAAUGAAUGAACUUCUGUCUAGUGAACUUCCGUCGAGUGAGUGUAUAACUAUAGUGAACUUUCGUAUGAAUGAACUUCUGUCAAGUGAACUUCGGUCGAGUGAAUGUAUAACUAUAGUGAACUUUCGUAUGAAUGAAUGAACUUCUGUCAAGUGAACUUCCGCCGAGAAAGUGUAACUGUAUAGUGAAAUUCUGCAUGAAUGAGCGAACAUCUGUCAAGUGAAGUCGCAUGCAGGCAUUGUACACCCGACAAGAUGGCUAUAGCAUGAAGCCAUUCAUUGACAUAAUUAUAUGAUUUAACCCUACCAAUGUAGGAUUCAUACCGAUGAAACAGAAAAAUGGCUUAUCUAUUUAAGUUAUGAUUCAAGCAUGGAAUAUAAGAGAAGGUGAGACGCACGUUCCUUGAUACGGUAUUUUGCUUCGUAAGUAGGUUUUGAAAAAUAUAAUGUUAUGUAAAAGUUUCCUAAAGAGGGUUUUGAUUAAUUUAUUGUGAAUGCCUAUAUGUAUUUAUUUAGAACGAGUUACGUUUAGCAUAUGAUUUACACGUAUCAUUAUUUUAGAGACAGUUUUUGUAUUUUUGUAAAUUAGAUAGCGUAUAUAAUUUGUUAAAUAUUUCAGGCAAUAUUCUAUUCAAUUGUUCUAAACGUGUUCUGUUUGGUUUUAUAUUAUUUAACGCCGAAUCUUAUCUGGCGCCGACUUUAUAUAUUCUUACCUCACUUUUUCUCUGAUGACAUUUGCUUUCAGGCAGCACGCGCUUGACUACUUAUCAUAUUACAACUAGACUUAUGACAAAAUUUUGCCUUAUUUUGUGAAAAAUUGACUUUUCACUGAUUAUUAUAACAGAUUUACAUUGGAUAAUCAGAGAAAUGCUUCGGUUACAAUAUAUGCAUGUUUUUGCAUGUUGUGUGUAAACUGUUACUGAUUGAGAGAAAAUGGUUUUUAUAUAAAGAAUUUGGCUGUUGCAAUAUUCCUAUGUCAACUCAAAUUUGCGCCAGAACAUCUUCAAAAGAAUUAUCAUUACAGGUUAAUAUUUUAUGACACAAUAUGAAAUUGAAAAAAAGGAAGAAGUUGAAAAAAAAAUAGAAUUCAAAAGGGGAUGGGUCCCAACAGAGGUGAGUCAUUUGAAUCGUUGUUAGUUAUGACCAAGAAUGAAUUUGGACCAUAUUUGUUUAGAAGCAUUUUGGGACGGGGAACAAAUUUUGGAUCAAUGGUGACUCUUGACCUCAAGGGGCCGGAGCCCAAUAGUGGAAAUAGAAAUAAAUUCUUUAAAUCACUAUUUGUCAUAAUGGCAUUCAUGUACUGGAUUUAUAGUCCAUGUUUGGUCUCAAGCAUCCUUAGGUGAAGAGGAACCAGUUUUGUAGAGUCUGUCCCCCAGAAGCUUGAGGGGAGGGGCCAAUAAGGCAAAUUUUGCAAAUUAUUUUAAAAUCAUCUUUUAUAAGAAUGAAAUGAUUAUAUUUGGUCUGAGGCACCCUUGGAUGAAUCAGUUUUGUAUGUACUGUGUGCCUGCCCCCAAAGGGUCUGAAAGGUAGUUCCAAAAAAGGAAAUAUAGCAAAUUUUUAAAAUCCUUCUUCGUUUGCAGGAAUGAAAGGAUUUGGUCUAUGAAGGGAAAGAAAUUUUGUAUAAAUGGUCGGUCUGGUCCUCACGGGCCUUAGAAGUUGCACCCCAAUAGGAGAAAUAUAGAAAGUUCUUUGAAAUCCGUGUUUGCCUGUAGAAAUAUAUAACCACUGCAGUAUCGAGGUGAAUGACACAGGCGCUCUGGUCCUCUUGUAUUACCUACAUGCUUUGUAGGGCUGUACACUGAAUGAGAUAUAGUGACUUACCAGUAUGUAUAACAUUGAUUGAUCACUUUGCUAAGAACAAUCUUAAUGGAUAAUUUCAACUAAUAUUAACUAACAUUUGGAAAAUUGUUACUAUUUAUUGUGAAUCCCUAUAGUGCACCAAUUUAUACGAGGUAGGGAAAUGAGUGUUUGAUCAAUCCAUAGUGAAAGGCUACUGAUAUUUAUCAAAUGGACAUUACAGUCGGACACUCUGAUUUUGCGAAAACACUCGUCUCUCAUCUGCAUAGUAACUGAGCACUAGUAUUUAUUUAAAAGAUAAAUCGUAAAAUAGCCAAACGUGAUUUCACAAAAAAAGCAUAUAAGAUCAUCGUUAUAUAUUAAUUACAAAUGUUUAUAAAUAAACUCUAUAUAUAUAUUCUAUACUUUUUCGUUCUUGACUUAUAACCAGAUACUCAUUAUUUACAAUAAAUGUAUUAUGUUGUGGAAAGAACUUUGAUGUAGGCAUAAGCCUGAUGUUAAAUCCAAUUGUCUCACAAUAAUACAAUGUUGAAAUGAACAUACAAAGCCUUAUUAUUAUCUAAUAUUUUUAGCUCACCGGUUACGAGUAACCGUGAGCUAAUGCUGCCACCCUGGCGCCGUGAUAUAGGGUGUUACGUUUCUGUUUUGAUAGUAUAAAUAAAGUAAAUCACAAGAAUGAACUUUAUUUUGAGGACUGUGAACAACUACUGUUUUACGGAAGCGUUAAAAAGGUUUGUCAGAUGGCGAUAUGAGGGGUAUGGCGGUAUAUAUGGGAUUUUAUAUGGUAGGGAAAUCCGUUUCCAGCAAAUCUAAAUUAAAAUAUUGAACACUACUAUUCAGUUACACAUGGAUUUACUGACCUAGUACUGGGCGGAUUUGACAGUGUGUCUGUAUUAGGCAUUGCCGGGUAGCUGAUGUACAUUAAGACCAUGCGUCAGUUGUGUGGAUCAAGUGCUGCCUUUGAAUUUGAAUAACACCACCUACUGUGGUAGAAAUAGUCAUAUCUGAACACCCUGUAUCUAUUCCAUUUACGAUGCAUAACAUAUGUAUUCAAAUCACGUGCAGUAAUAAAGCCAAUUUCAUAUGA